GUUAUUUGUUUUGCUUUGCCUAGUGAUUUCACUGCAGAAUAUCGUUAGGGUCAAUUAUUAAUGAUUCAGCUUCUAUAGAUUUGGGAAUACGAUUUUAUGGAGUGUGCAUUAAAGUUGUUAAUAAUUAUUUUAUGACUUGUUGCGAAGAAACUUAAAAUCUAAAAUUUAUUAUAUUUUUGGUUCAUGUUAUGAUUCUUGGAAUACUCAGACAAUGUACAACAAUUCGGAAUUUGAUUAAAAGGCCAACGAUAGUUCCUUUUUAUAAAAAUAUUAGUUUGCUUGAUACCACUUGCCUAAGUGCUAUCAAGAGGUGUCACUUGGAAUUCAGGUGGCUCCAUAGAAGCAUGGCUACUGGGGGAGAUAAUACUGUUACUUCCAAGCAUCAAAACCGUUUGGCAUAUGAGAGGUCACCAUAUUUACUUCAACAUGCUACAAAUCCUGUUGAAUGGUAUCCCUGGGGUAAUGAAGCAUUUGAAAAAGCUCGGCAAGAAGAUAAGCUGAUAUUCCUCUCGGUUGGAUAUUCAACCUGUCACUGGUGCCAUGUGAUGGAAAGGGAAUCUUUUGAGAAUGAAGAAAUUGCUAAAGUGAUGAAUGAACAUUUUGUGAACAUCAAAGUCGACAGAGAAGAGAGGCCUGAUGUGGACAAGAUAUACAUGACGUUUGUGCAGGCGACGUCGGGCCACGGUGGGUGGCCCAUGAGUGUGUUCUUGACCCCCGCCCUGCAGCCCAUCAUGGGAGGGACGUACUUCCCUCCGGAGGACCAGUGGCACAGACCCGGGUUCCGCACCAUGCUGCUGCGGGUGGUCCAGCAGUGGAAGGACAACCGCCAGAAGUUUGCGGAGUCUGGAGCCAAAGUGAUCGAUGUGCUAAAGAAGACAACCACCUUGGACGUCCCGCUGGCGCUGUCCUCUCUCGCCAACUCCGUUCCAAGUCCCGACUGCGGGGAGAAGUGCUUGGAGCAGCUGUCUCGAAGCUUUGAGCCCCAGUUCGGCGGCUUUGGGCUGGCGCCCAAGUUCCCUCAGCCAGUCAACUUCAACUUCCUGUUCCACGUGUAUGGGCGUGAGCCUGACUCUGAGGCUGGCAAGAGAGCACUGGACAUGUGCCUGCACACCUUGAAGAUGAUGGCAAAGGGGGGUAUCCACGAUCACGUUUCACAGGGAUUCGCGAGGUACUCGACUGACGAGAGGUGGCAUGUUCCUCAUUUUGAGAAGAUGUUGUACGACCAGGCCCAGCUGGCUGUGGCCUACUCCACCGCGUUCCUGGCCACAGGGGAUGAGUUCUACGCCGACAUAGUCAGAGACAUCCUGCAGUACGUGGGCAGAGACCUCAGUGACAAGUCGGGUGGUUUCUACAGUGCUGAAGAUGCGGACUCGUACCCUACACAUGAUGCAAAACACAAGAAAGAGGGUGCCUUUUGUGUGUGGACUUAUGAUGAUGUACAGAGGUUACUGAAUAAACAAAUUGAAGACUGUAAUUUUACACUAGCAGAUAUAUUUUGCUAUCACUACGACAUAAAACCACAAGGAAAUGUUAAUCCAAACCAGGACCCCCACAGCGAGCUGCGGCACCAGAACGUGCUGAUAGUGACGGGCAGCGAGGAGGAGACGGCGGAGAAGUACGGCCUGGCGCUGCCGGCCGCCAGGGCGGCGCUCGAGGAGGGACGCCGCGUCCUGUUCGAGGCGCGCCAGAAGAGGCCCCGCCCCCACCUCGACGACAAGAUGCUCACCGCAUGGAACGGUCUUAUGAUAUCUGGGUAUGCAAAGGCUGGCCAAGUCUUGAAGGACAGCUGUUACAUUGACCGUGCAAUCAAGGCUGCCAACUUUGUGAAGAAACACUUAUACAAUCCAACAGCAGAAACUCUGCUUAGGAGUUGUUACAGAGGCAGCGAUGGAAAUAUAGUGCAGAUCUCGGCUCCCAUUUCGGGGUUCGUGGACGACUAUGCGUUCCUGAUCCGCGGCCUGCUCGACCUGUACGAGGCCUGCUUCGACCCCUCGUGGGUGGAGUGGGCGGAGACGCUGCAAGACCAGCAGGACAGGCUGUUCUGGGACGAGGAAGGAGCGGGCUAUUUCACCAGCCCCGCCUCCGACCCGUCCAUCCUGAUCCGCCUGAAGGAGGACCAGGACGGCGCCGAGCCCUCGGGCAACUCCGUGUCGGCGCACAACCUGCAGCGCCUGGGCGCGCUCCUGGACCGCCAGGAGCUGCAGGACCGCGCCGCGCGCCUGCUCGCCGCCUUCACGAGCCGCCUGACGCGCGUGCCCGUCGCGCUGCCCGAGCUCACGUCGGCCCUGCUCGUGCACCACGACGCGCCCACGCAGGUGUUCGUGACGGGGCGACCUGAGGACCCUGACACAGCGGCGCUGCUGGAGGCGGUGCAGUCGUGCCUGGUGGCGGGACGCGUGCUGGCGCUCGCCGAUGGCCGCGACCGCUCCGAGAGCGUGCUGUACCGCAAGUGCGAGGUGAUCCGCCGCAUGAAGCCGGCCGGGGGCCGAGCCGCCGCCUACGUGUGUCGCCGCCGCGCCUGCUCGCUGCCCGCCACCGCCCCCGCUGAGCUGCGUGCGCUGCUGAGCGACCCGGCGUCUUGCCGCGCCCUCCAGUAGCCCUUCUUCCCUGCUCCUUCUUUCCUUCUUCUCCCCUCCCUACAUUAACCUUCACUCUCUCCAGUGGCCCUUGUUCCCUGCUCCCCGCCCUUCACUGGCCCUUACUUCUAUCAUUCUUCUCCCCUCCCUACAUUAACCUUCACUCUCUCCAGUGGCCCUUGUUCCCUGCUCCCCGCCCUUCACUGGCCCUUACUUCUAUCAUUCUUCUCCCCUCCCUACAUUAACCUUCACUCUCUCCAGUGGCCCUUGUUCCCUGCUCCCCGCCCUUCACUGGCCCUUACUUCUAUCAUUCUUCUCCCCUCCCUACAUUAACCUUCACUCUCUCCAGUGGCCCUUGUUCCCUGCUCCCCGCCCUUCACUGGCCCUUACUUCUAUCCUUCUUCUCCCCUCCCUACAUUAACCUUCACUCUCUCCAGUGGCCCUUAUUCCCUGCUCCCCGCCCUUCACUGGCCCUUACUUCUAUCCUCCUCCCCUCCCUACAUUAACCUUCACUAUCUCCAGUGGCCCUUAUUCCCUGCUCCCCGUCCUUCACUGGCCCUUACUUCUAUCCUUCUUCUCCACUCCCUACAUUAACCUUCACUCUCUCCAGUGGCCCUUAUUCCUUACCUCCUAGCAGCCUCUCGUCCCCUCCCUUCAGUAAAUCUUCCUUGUAUCCUCCUCCCUUCCAUGCAUUUACCUUCACUCUCUCCAAUUCCCUACCCUCCAGUUGUUCCCUCUCCCCUCCUGUCAGUCGAUCUUCCUUCUCCCCUCCUUUCAGUCACUCUUACUUCUCCCCUCCCCUCAGUCGCUCUUCCUUCUCCCCUCCCCUCAGUCGCUCUUCCUUCUCCCCCUCUUUUCAUUAACACGAAAUCUCCAUUCCCUUCUCGAAUUCUCCCUUCUCUCCCUCGCAGAGUGCGCUAACUCGCUGUGCCUCUCCGUCACAUCAAACUGGAUUUCAUUCUUCUGACUCUGAAGAAACUAAAAUUCCCAUGAAUUAGUAUAAACACACUGUACACAUCGGCGUUGACUCAACUACUAUGUGCGAGGUCACUAGCUACACAACUAUGCUUACUGCUGUCUGAACUGUGCUAACCACAUUUUAUUAACAUUGAAUUGCUAACUAGCGGCUAUUUUCGCUUCAGCGAGUGCAAUGAUACUCUGAGCAUUUUUUUUUUUGCUACCUACAUGAUACAAAAAUAAACCCAAUUAUGUAGAAAAAAAUCCAAGCAAAAAGUCAAUCUUUCACAUAAACUCUACUAAGUAACCGAGUUUAAGAGCUUUGUAACUGUCAUUCGCUGAGCUAACAACAUUGCGCGUAUGAUUACAUCUUUUUCUCGCUAUAGAGUAGCUAGUAAUCUUGCAUAGUAUCAUGGAGCCUUACAAUACACUUCAGUGGUUGCUGGUACUUAGUUUCAAUGCUGUUUGGUGUUUGCCAAGGAGGUUGCAAUAAUAAACGUGCAUUUCUCAUGGAGGUUAGAAGUUAAGGAGUGUGUGUGUGUGCAAUCUUUGUCACGAUAAUGACCAAGGAGUUAGGAAUUUUCAGAAGAUGACAUGCUGUGACGUAGUUGAAGUCAAGUUUUCUAUAUAGCCUUCGCCAUAUUGUCACGUCCAAAACAUUGUGGAAACGGAACAUGACCACGUCUGAUGAUUUUUAGUACCUAAACAUAAAUUGAAGUCUCCUGUUUUAAACGUAGUCACUUCCAGAAAAUGCAGUCAUUUAUAACUGUUACCACAAUGCAAACACUACACUUCAGCGAAUGUUUUGGGCGUCUGACCAACAUGGCGCAGGCCAUGAGCUGAUAAAAAAACUGGUUCACACAGUUACCAUGUAAUCAUGCAGACGUGAUCACCCUCUGUUUAUAAGUGAAGUCAAAAUGAGAACGACCAUUUCUUUAUGCGUAUUAAAAUAUUGGUGUCUUUAAUUGAGAAUUUAAUUCUAAUUCCUGAUCAUUCUUUUAUUACCAAAUGUAAUUUUGAUUAUUCUUCCUACCAAGUUCCUUUUAAGGUCUUACAAAGAAACUUUUAGCUUAAUCUUCAUGCAGCUACGGCUUGGUUUGGUAACAAGUUGCUAACCGAAUGAUUUCACCAUUCAUAACAGACACCAACUCCAUUGACUAAUACCUCCAUGGUUCCAUAUAUAUAUAUAUAUAUAUAUAUAUAUAUAUAUAUAUAUAUAUAUAUAUAUAUAUAUAUAUAUAGUGUGCUCCUUGGUGUUUUUUUUUCUCGCGAUGCAGGACAUCUAUAUGCCAUCGUGAUUUUUCACGCACAAGAAGCGAGGCACCCAUGACACUCGUCUAACAUCAGUAUCGGAGAUGUGACUCAUUGUCGAGGGGAGAAAGUUUUGGGAUUGCAUCGGUUCACCUUGCAAGCAGCCACCAGUGGCAUCAAAACACCAGCCGUUUUUUUCUCGUUCAUUCGUUUUUUUUUUGUCUUUUACCUGAGAGAGAAGCCAUUUCCUGGUUUGGUGUGCCGCUCGGGAUUCGGUCAGCUCGACACUCAAUAGCUGAGAUUUGUGUGCAAACAGCCAAUGGAGGCCGGAAUUUAAAUUUAAAUUACCCCCAAAUAUAAAAAAAAAGACUGAGGUGUUUUGAAUUUUAGCUUGACUCCAAAUCUUUCGUGAAAUAUCUCCUACCCCUUUGCUGAUAACUAAACAGUAUUUCACUUCAUUUGGAAAUGUAGUGAGGUACAAUGUUUUCAGCAGGUGGUCAAAAUAAGUAACCAAAGUGGAGCAACAUAAAAAAUUAGUUUGAAUUUAUUAUGAUUUACAGUUUCAUUAAGUCACUGGGGCUGGUGUACACAUUGAAUCAUUUAAAGAUAUCUUAAAUCUAUGGUAUGCUUGUUCUUUAAUUAUACACAGCUAUGAGUUUCCUUGGAUAGAUUAUAAUUUUAAAAAAUAUUUUGAUUAUAAUGAUUUCAUGGCUAAAUAAGUACGUAAUGUUUACUACCUUAUCUUUGGGGGGACUAUAUAUACAUAUACAUGUAUGCAUAUAGCUAACUUAAUGCAUUUGAAAAACCAAUUUUUUUUUUUAAAUUCAGAUCUGAUGUUUAUUUUUUCCUAUUGUGCAUGAUCUGUUCCCAAUAUUUCAUAUCAUUUUGUUCUAAAAUUCUUUCAUGGUCUCAUUUGUAACUAUGGCACUUAUAUUGUGUAUUGUAAUAUUUUCAUACUUGUUUUAGAUAUUAUUACAGUGCUAAAACAUUUAAUAAAAUUUUAAUGUUAUUUAUUUUUCAAUGUGCAACUACUUAAUAAUGUUCAGUAAAUAAAGAAGACUAGAUAUGUAGAUUAGUUUCUCAAUAUACAUUUACUUUAUGAUGUUCAGUAAAUGAAAACAAAACUUAGAUAUUUAGUUAAAUAGUCAAACAAAUGUGUAAAUAAAUUGUGAUUAAUAUAGUGCCAUUCAAUCCAUCACAUGUAAGCAGUUUUUGUCUUUUAACAUUAUAAAACAUCUUCCUGCAGACUAAUUUACAUAUAAUUGAAAGUGUUCAGGUAAUAUUCUUGUUAAUACAUCAUUUUAUUGGGAGUCUCCCUUAUAAGACUACAGUAUGUUUUUUUCAUAAUUUUACCUUUAGGACCAUGUGUUAAUAAUAUCCUACUAUGGUGGACUAAUCUUUGAAUGACAGCGUAGUGAGUAUUAAAAAAAUGAAAAUAGUAUAAUAAAUUAUUGUAUUUUAUAGCAUGUGUAAUCAUAUUCAGUAACUUAAAGUAACUCCUACAAAUCUCUUCAAUUAAAUUCUUAUAGAAACAUUGUUCACUAUUUGAUAAGAUACUGCUGGAAUAGCAACAAUUUCAGAAUGCUGUAAUAGCAACAAAUUCGGAAUUAUUUUUAAUUUCUUACUUUUUCCCUUGUAUUUAACAUCUCUUAUCGCCGGGAUAAAAAUAGUAACAUUGUUCGUUAAAAGUUGACAGUAAAUUUGCUUCAACAAUUUUGACUAGAAUUGGUCUUGUUUGUUAUAAUUCAAGUUAUUUGGGGUGCUUUACUUAACUGUAUAUUCAGUGAAGAUGAUUUAAUUUAAUAAAAUGUAUCCGAAGGGUUUUGUGGGAAAGGGGGGGGGGGGGGGGGGGGUUGUGAUUACUAAUGCAUUAUUCUAAAUUAGUGAGGGACAUGACUCAACACAAAGUGUGACUUGAAUGUUUGAGCAUCAAGUCUGUAUUAAAGUAGUUUCGAGUCCAUUAUUAGGUACCUCUGCAUUUACCAUUUGCUUUAUAACACGGCACUUAUAUUACAAUCAUUGUUCAAAUAUACAAAAUUAAUACUAAACGUACUUUUAUGGUAUAAAAUUUCACACCUUGUUUGGUGGUUCAUAGAUCUUGAUAUCAAAGAAUAAAGUCCCUUAACAACGAAUUCGUGGUGCAUGUUACAUUUAUUUAAUCAGCAUAUACAUACAAUAUUAAAAUAUUUUUUGCACGAAAAAAAAAAUCACUUUUAGUAUAAACAGCCAAAAUACCAGUGUAUGUAUGCAUGUAUGCAUGUAUGCAUGUACGUACGUACGUACGUGUGUGUGUCUGUGUGUCUGUGUGUUUGUAGGGCUUGUUUUUAAAUAUAAAUCUACCAGUUUUACUCCGACCUUGAUGAAAUUUUGUACACCUGACCUUCAAAACCAGUUCACCGUCUACACGAGUUUUUAGAAAACAACCCCCAGCCCCCUUCCUUACUAUCCUAUAAAGCAGAGUUUUAGUUCUUGAUGAAAUUUUGCACACUUAAAGUUUAAAAUAGGAAGAAAAUUAGUGUUUACAUCUGUGGACCCUUCGUGCAGACAAACAAACAAAAAGUGUAUCCUUAAGUUUUGUAAUUAAGGUUCUAGAUAUAUAAAAGGUAGUAUUUGUUUGACUGUCAUUUUGUAUCUAAAUCAAAUGUACAGUUAAAUUCAAGCUUGGUAGAAUUUUGUAUAGUUGACCUUGGAGCAAAAUCGGAGUAAAAUUACUUUCUACAGGAGAUUUUGAAAAAAUACCCGCAUCCACAUAAACAUAGUAUCUUCACUCUGCGUAGAGCCUGGACAACACUAGGUACUAUAACCAUUUCUCAUAGAAAAAGCCAUUUGUAAUAGAAAUGUAUGUGUAUUGAAACUCUCCUCUAUAUUUUGCUGUGCAGGAACACUGUUAUUCUGUAUAUUCGUUGUAACUAUUAUCCUACCAUUGUGUGGUGACAAGAUCAUACCAGCAGUACAGUUUGGUCACGUGUACGCUCUCCCUCAGUAGUCACUGGCCCUCACUAGCUCCAGAGCAGAAUUACACCAAAGGCAACUGGUAUUUUACUUUUUUCUCGUCGAUUUCUGGAUUUAAAUUAGUGCAAUAGGUGAGUUAAUUUACAUAGUUUAUUUUUCAAAAUUAUUUUUUAGAAUAUAGUAUUAGUAGGACUUCCUCACAUUGUGCUAAUUAUUUUGGUCCAGCCAUGUUUUGGAUGUGUGUGUAGGUACGUAGAAUAACCAUAAAGAAGUUUUAGGGUUUUAUCAUGUAAAAGAUAAAGGGAGCUAUUAAAUCAUACAGAUUAUAUUCAAUUCAAUGAAUGUAGUUUGUGAUUGAGUUUUCUGUGAUUAAUGAAACUACUGUAACUACAUGUAAUUAUUGUUAAAUGAUGUGUUAGGAACUGUAUGUUUUGUAUAAUGUUUUGAAUCUCAGAUUCGUGGCAAGUAAGUAGAAUUUUAAAAGUUUAUGAUUGCAUGUAAAAUAAGUGAGUGGUAAGUAUGAUAAUGACUGUUCAGAAUUCAAUAAAUGAACGUCCACUUCAUUGCUGAUGAGUUCAUAGUGCGAGACGCAAGUGCAUUGUAAGUUCCUCAGAAGCGAACACAUGUGUGGAAGUGUUUACUUCCAGCAGACAUGAGCGGCAAGUGUUUCAUCUCUAAACCUUGAAUAAUGUAAUAGGGAUAUUUCUUGGAAAUUAAUUUCACAUACCAUAUGUCACUAAAAUUAUUACCGUGUACUGUACUGAAUUACAAAGUAUUGCAAUGUUGUGAAUUUUUUCUUAAAUGGUUGUGCUUUGAAAAUUUCUGUUUUUAAAACCCAGUCGUAAACACUGAUACACACCAUUUUGACUUACGAAUGUGUGACGAGGUGGCACUGUACUUCUAUUGCAUAAUCGUUGUUAGCAUAUCAGCUAGAAAUAAUUUUUGCCCUAAAGGUAAAAAAAAAACUGUUUAAAUUAAUUAUGCCUGAACGUGACUGUGUUACGACACACUAAAAAAAUUUUAAUACCUUUUAGAUACGUAACUAAGACUUUAUUUUUGUUUAUUGAAAUUGAAAGGUCACUAGUUAAAAAAAAAAGGACUGAAAUUAA